AUGGAGCCAAUAUCUGCAGUUGAACAUUUUAAAAAUGCUCCAAAACAUGUUAUUAAAUACUCCACAUAUACCGGUGAUGAUGACUCGACAACUGAAUUAUAUACAAACCAACAAGUUCCUUAUGGUGUUGAGAAGUUCAGUGACAUAAUACACAUUAAACGCUCACUCACAACAAGAUUGUACAACCUGAGCAAGAUGGCACAGAUUAAGGAGUGCUCGACACUGUCAUCCAAAGUUAUUGAAUACCUUGUUAAGUGCUUUUCAAUUGUAUUUGCCCAAAACAAAAGUGAUCUUGAGGCGAUGAAGUCGUCCCUAAAAUGCAUUGUCCCACAUUCCUUUGGUGACCAUGCUAGUUGCAAUGAGUCAUUGAGUCAUGGUGCAGAUAUAAACAAGACCCCACCAACUAUAGACACACAUAUCAACCAUAUGGCAAGGACUUGUAUGGCAAUGCCUUGA